UGUCUUGCGGCCUGACUCAUGUGAGAGCUGCUGGGGAAGAGGCCACGAAAAGGAAACUGAGGCCAGGAGAGUUGGAGUACUGUGCCCAGCCCACUGAUGGAAAGCAGUAGUGUCCCUGGAUGCGCAGGGUCACCAAAGCCUGAUCCCUGUGAUUGCUGCCCUUGCACCCCAGCCCUCCGCCUGGUCCUGGCUACACACAUGGGGGAUGUGAAGCUGGUCGCCUCAUCACACGUUUCCAAAGCAUCCCUCAGUAUGGAUUCCUCGAGAGUCGGCUCCAUUCCCCUGACCGAGGCCCCUGCCUUCAUUUUGCCCCCUCGGAACCUCUGCAUCAAAGAAGGAGCCACUGCCAAGUUCGAAGGGAGGGUCCGGGGUUACCCCGAGCCCCUGGUGACCUGGUACAGAAAUGGGCAACCCGUCACCAGUGGGGGCCGCUUCCUGCUGGAUUACGGUAUCCGGGGGACUUUCAGCCUUGUGAUUCAUGCCGUCCGUGAGGAGGACAGCGGGAAGUAUACCUGUGAAGCCACCAAUGGUAGUGGUGCCCGCCAGGUGACAGUGGAGUUGACAGUAGAAGGUAGUUUUAUGAAGAAGCAUGGUCAGCCUGUUUCCAAAGCCUUAGGGAACAGAUUUUCAGUCCCAGCAGUGGAGACCCGUCCUAGCAUCUGGGGAGAGUGCCCACCAAAGUUUGCUACCAAGCUGGGCCGAGCGGUGGUCAAAGAAGGACAGAUAGGACGAUUCUCCUGCAAGAUCACUGGCCGGCCCCAACCACAGGUCACCUGGCUCAAGGGAAAUGUGCCACUGCAGCCGAGUGCCCGGGUAUCUAUGUCUGAGAAGAACGGGGUGCAAGUUCUGGAAAUCCAUGAAGUCAACCAAGAUGAUGUGGGCAUGUACACAUGCCUGGUGGUGAACGGGUCAGGGAAGGCCUCCAUGUCAGCUGAGCUUUCUAUCCAAGGUUUGGACAGUGCCAACAGGUCAUUUGUAAGAGGAGCAAAGGCCACCAGUUCAGACAUCAGGAGGGAGGUGACCAAUGGAAUCUCAAAGGGUUUCAAACCAGACAGUCUGGAGACUGCAGCUGGAAGUAAGAACUGCUCCAGCCCCCAGAGCACUGGCUCCCCAGCUUGGACAACAAACAGCCAGCCUCAGCCCCUGAGGGAGUCCAAGCUGGAGCAGUGUGGGGACCCCCCCAGAGCAGCCCUGAAGGACCCCGUCCUUCAAAAGACGUCCAGCACCAUCACCCUGCAGGCCACAAGAGUCCAGCCUGAAACAAGGACACCAGUCUUGGGGGCCCUGUCUCCUUCUGGAGAAGAGAGGAAAAGGCCAGCUGCUCCCCAUCCAGCCACUGUCCUCACCAGGCACUCUGGCCUGGGAAGCCAAGAAGCUGUGGACAAAGUUGCUAACAGAAAAAUCCUCAUGGAGAGCCAGAGGGAUUCAGCAUUCCCCAAAUUUGAGAGCAAGCCUCAAGGCCAGGAAGUCAGAGAAGGUCAAACAGUCAAGUUCAGAUGUGAGGGGGUGGCUGUGAUGGAGGUGGCUCCUGCAUUCUCCAGUGUCCUGAAGGACUGUUCUGUCAUCGAGGGCCAGGAUUUUGUGCUGCAGUGCUCUGUGCAGGGCACCCCAGUGCCCCAAAUCACUUGGCUGCUCAAUGGGCAGCCCAUCCAGUAUGCUCACUCCACCUGCGAGGCCGGCGUGGCUGAGCUUCAUGUCCAGGAUGCCCUGCCGGAGGAUGAUGGCACCUACACCUGUCUGGCUGAAAAUGCCUUGGGGCAGGUGUCCUGCAGCGCCCGGGUCACCGUCCAUGAAAAGAAAAGUGACCGAAAGAGUGAGUACCCUCUGCCCAUGGCUCCCGGCAGGCCCGUUGCACCUGUCUUCUUACAGGGCCUCUCUGAUCUCAAGGUCAUGGAUGGAAGCCAGGUUACCAUGACAGUCCAGGUGUCAGGGAAUCCGCCCCCUGAGGUCAUCUGGCUUCAUGAUGGGAAUGAGAUCCAGGAGUCAGAGGACUUCCACUUUGAACAGAGAGGCACUCUGCACAGCCUUUGUAUCCAGGAGGUGUUCCCGGAGGACACAGGCACGUACACCUGCGAGGCCUGGAACAGCACCGGAGAGGUCCGCACCCAGGCCGUGCUCACAGUACAAGAGCCUCACGAUGGCACCCAGCCCUGGUUCAUCAGCAAGCCUCGCUCGGUGACAGCCUCCCUGGGCCAGAGUGUCCUCAUCUCCUGCGCCAUAGCUGGUGACCCCUUUCCUACCGUGCACUGGCUCCGAGACGGCAAAGCCCUCUCCAGAGGCACUGGCCACUUCGAGGUUCUGCAGAAUGAGGACGUGUUCACCCUGGUGCUGAGGAAUGUGCAGCCCUGGCACGCAGGCCAGUAUGAGAUCCUGCUCAAGAACCGGGUUGGUGAAUGCAGCUGCCAGGUGUCACUGAUGCUGCAGAGCAGCCCUGCCAGAGCCCUCCCACGGGGGAGGGAGCCUGCCAGCUGUGAGGGCCUCCAUGGUGGAGAAGCUGGUGCUGAUGGUGGUGGUGGUGACAACUAUGGGACCCUGAGGCCCAGCUGGCCGGCAAGGGGGCACGGUUGGCCAGAGGAGGAGGACGGUGAGGACGUGCGGGGGGUGCUGAAGAGGCGUGUGGAGACCAGACAGCACACGGAGGAGGCCAUCCGCCAGCAGGAGGUAGAGCAGCUGGACUUCCGCGACCUCCUGGGGAAGAAGGUGAGUACCAAGACCUUGUCAGAAGAGGAUCUGAAGGAGAUCCCAGCUGAGCAGAUGGAUUUCCGUGCCAACCUGCAGCGGCAAGUAAAGCCAAAGACUGUGACUGAGGAAGAGAGGAAGGGACACAGCCCCCAGCAGGUUGACUUCCGCUCCGUCCUGGCCAAGAAGGGGACUCCCAAGACCCCAGUGCCUGAGAAGGUGCCACCUCCAAAACCUGCCACCCCAGAUUUUCGCUCAGUGCUAGGAAGCAAGAAGAAAUUACCAGCAGAGAAUGGUGGCAGCAGCACUGAGGCCUCGAAUACCAAGGCAGUGGAAAGUUCCAAGCCCGGGAGCAAUGCACAGCCACCAGGGUCCUUGAAACCUGUGGGCAACGCCAAGCCUGCCGAGACCCUGAAGCCCGUGGGCAAUGCCAAGCCUGUGGAGACCCUGAAACCCGUGGGCAACGCCAAGCCUGCCGAGACCCUGAAGCCCAUGGGCAAUGCCAAGCCUGUGGAGACCCUGAAACCCGUGGGCAACGCCAAGCCUGCCGAGACCCUGAAGCCCGUGGGCAAUGCCAAGCCUGCGGAGACCCUGAAACCCGUGGGCAACAACAAGCCUGCCAAGACCCUAAAGCCCGUGGACAACACCAAGCCUGCCGAGACCUUGAAGCCCGUGGGCAACGCCAAGCCUGCUGAAACUUUGAAACCCGUGGUCAAUGCCAAGCCUGAUGAGACCCUACAAUCAACUGGGAAAGAAGAACUCAAGAAAGAGGUUAAGAAUGAUGUGAACUGCAAGAGAGGGCAAGCAGAGGCCACAGACAAUGAAAAAAGAUUAGAGAGCCAAGGAACAGCUCCAACCUUCAAGGAGAAGCUCCAAGAUGUUCAUGUGGCAGAGGGUGAGAAGCUGCUACUCCAGUGCCAGGUGUCCUCGGACCCUCCGGCCACCAUCACCUGGACGCUGAAUGGAAAGACCCUCAAGACUACCAAGUUCAUCAUCCUCUCCCAAGAAGGCUCACUCUGCUCUGUCUCCAUCGAGAAGGCCCUGCCCGAGGACAGAGGCUUAUACAAGUGUAUGGCCAAGAAUAAUGCCGGCCAGGCUGAAUGUUCCUGCCAAGUCACUGUGGACGAUGCUCCAGCCAAGGAGAACACCAAGGCCCCGGAGAUGAAAUCCCGGAGGCCCAAGAGCUCUCUUCCUCCUGGGCUGGGAACAGAGAGUGAUGCAACUGUGAAAAAGAAACCUACCCCCAAGACACCGCCGAAGGCAGCAAUGCCCCCUCAGAUCAUCCAGUUUCCCGAGGACCAAAAGGUGCGUGCAGGAGAAUCGGUGGAGCUGUUUGGUAAAGUGGCGGGCACCCAGCCCAUCACCUGCACCUGGAUGAAGUUCCGAAAGCAGAUCCAGGACAGCGAGCACAUCAAGGUGGAGAGCAGUGAGAGCGGCAGCAAGCUCACCAUCCUCGCCGCACGCCAGGAGCACUGCGGCUGCUACACGCUGCUGGUGGAGAACAAGCUGGGCAGCAGGCAAGCCCAGGUCAACCUCACCGUCGUGGAUAAGCCAGACCCCCCAGCGGGCACACCCUGUGCCUCUGAUAUUCGGAGCUCCUCACUGACCCUGUCCUGGUACGGCUCCUCAUAUGACGGGGGCAGCGCUGUGCAGUCCUACAGCGUGGAGAUCUGGGACUCGGCUGACAAGGCGUGGAGAGAGCUAGCCAUGUGCCGCAGCACCUCCUUUAACGUGCAGGACCUGCUGCCUGACCAUGAGUAUAAAUUCCGUGUACGUGCAAUCAACGUGUAUGGAACCAGUGAGCCGAGCCAGGAGUCUGAACUCACAGCAGUAGGAGAGAAACCGGAAGAGCCAAAGGAUGAAGUGGAGGUGUCAGAUGAUGACGAGAAGGAGCCAGAGGUUGAUUACCGGACGGUGACAGUCAAUACUGAACAGAAAGUAUCUGACUUCUAUGAUAUCGAAGAGCGACUAGGAUCUGGGAAAUUCGGACAGGUCUUUCGACUUGUGGAAAAGAAAACUAGAAAAAUCUGGGCAGGGAAAUUCUUCAAGGCAUAUUCAGCAAAAGAGAAAGAGAAUAUCCGGCAGGAGAUCAGCAUCAUGAACUGCCUCCACCACCCCAAGCUGGUCCAGUGCGUGGACGCCUUCGAAGAAAAGGCCAACAUCGUCAUGGUCCUGGAGAUCGUGUCCGGGGGGGAGCUGUUUGAGCGCAUCAUUGAUGAGGACUUCGAGCUGACAGAGCGCGAGUGCAUCAAGUACAUGCGGCAGAUCUCGGAGGGCGUGGAGUACAUCCACCGGCAGGGCAUAGUGCACCUGGACCUCAAGCCCGAGAACAUCAUGUGUGUCAACAAGACGGGCACCAGGAUCAAGCUCAUUGACUUCGGUUUGGCCAGAAGGCUGGAGAACGCUGGGUCUCUCAAGGUCCUCUUCGGCACCCCAGAGUUCGUGGCUCCCGAAGUGAUCAACUAUGAGCCCAUCGGCUAUGCCACAGACAUGUGGAGCAUCGGAGUCAUUUGCUACAUCCUGGUCAGUGGACUUUCCCCCUUCAUGGGUGACAACGAUAACGAAACCUUAGCCAACGUUACCUCAGCCACCUGGGACUUCGAUGACGAGGCCUUUGAUGAGAUCUCCGAUGAUGCCAAGGAUUUCAUCAGCAGUUUGCUGAAGAAAGAUAUGAAAAGCCGCCUGGACUGCACCCAGUGCCUCCAGCAUCCGUGGCUGAUGAAGGACACCAAGAACAUGGAAGCCAAGAAGCUCUCCAAGGACCGGAUGAAGAAAUACAUGGCAAGAAGGAAAUGGCAGAAAACGGGCAAUGCUGUGAGAGCCAUUGGAAGAUUGUCCUCUAUGGCAAUGAUCUCAGGGCUCAGUGGCAGGAAAUCCUCAACAGGGUCACCAACCAGCCCGCUCAAUGCAGAAAAGCUAGAAUCUGAAGAAGAUGUGUCCCAAUCUUUCCUUGAGGCUGUUGCUGAGGAAAAGCCCCACAUAAAACCCUAUUUCUCUAAGACCAUUCGUGAUUUAGAAGUCGUGGAGGGAAGUGCUGCUAGAUUUGACUGCAAGAUUGAAGGAUACCCAGACCCUGAGGUCGUCUGGUUCAAAGAUGACCAGUCCAUCAGGGAGUCCCGCCACUUCCAGAUAGACUACGAUGAGGAUGGGAACUGCUCUUUAAUUAUUAGCGAUGUUUGCGGGGAUGACGAUGCCAAGUACACUUGUAAGGCUGUCAACAGUCUUGGAGAAGCCACCUGUACGGCAGAGCUCAUCGUGGAAACCAUGGAGGAAGGAGAAGGGGAAGGAGAAGAGGAAGAGUAAAACAAAGCCAGAGAGAAGCAGUUUCUAAGUCAUAUUAAAAGGACCAUUUCUCUUAACUCAAAAAACUCAAGGUAGUACAAGCACCUAGUGUGAUAGAUUAUCUAGUUACGUCAUUUGGGGGUUGAUUCUUCAGCAAUAGCAGUUCGUGAUGGGCAUUAAUUUGAAUUAGCUGGCACCCUAAUAUACUUAGUGCAGCUAGAUUUCAUUUAAGGGAAGUCACCAGUAACUUGUCUGACCGAUUGAUUUUAGAGAGAAAGUAACCAGGAGAAAAAUUUAUCUGGGCAAGUAAUAUAUUCCCCAACUGAAUAAAUGAAUGAAAAGUAAGGCCAAAGCAAGGGCUCUGGCCCUGUAACCACAGCUCAGCCCAGAGGGUCCCUCGGAAUGGAAAGCCUCUCUCUCCCAGCUCCUGACUCCAGAAAACUGGGUCUUCUCCAGGAUUGCUACACUUCAUUCUGAAAGCAGUUGAGCCAUUCUAAUUUAUGAGGCACACUUUAUUCCAAAGUACACUGUUCAUACUUCCCCCAUUCUACUAGCCAGUUUUUCUGUAUCUGAAUUUGUCAUGGGUUUAAGUACUAAGGACAUUAUGCUUCUUAUUUUCAGAAGACAAGUCCCCUGCUCAUGAAUGACUCUAGCUUCCUUAGGAAAAUAAAGUCUCCUUUCUUCUAAAAUCAUUGGGAAAUCUGAACUUAUCCCCUUUUUGCAAAUGUUUGGUUUUGAUUAAGAACCCGUGAAAACAAAAAUCCUUGCUAAUGUUGCUUUUCUUCUUAAAUCAGGCUUCAUUUUUGUGUUAUUAUAGAAUAUCAGCUCUGGAUGUGUGGUAAAGACCUUUGCGUUUGAGUGCAGGAGAAAACAGUUUGCUGAAAAGUUAGUCUUAAUUAUUUACUGGCCACUAUGAAAGAGAUUUCAACUGAAAAGCUGUAGAACUCCAUGUACUUUGGAAUCUCCUUCAAGAUUGUCUGAGUUUAAUACGUCUUCAUUCUCAACACUCUCCAAAGAACUUGACCUACCUUCUGGGUCCACAAUGCUUUUCUUCUUGACUGUGCAUCAAUCAAGCCUUGCCCCUAACCUUGAGAUAUAUUCUUAGACCUGAUAAAUGCACUCAGACUUGCAUCUUUAGGGACUUUUAACUUUAUUUCACUACAUUGGCACUUAAAUUUUUAUCUUCAUAAAACUUUUUGGAGGUCAUAAACAAAGACCAAAAUUGAUAACCAGAAUACAUUUCCUCUGUGUGUGUGUGUGUGUGUGUGUGUGUGUGUGACAUUCCAAUGCAUUUUUCUUUUCCACUGUUUGUAAAGUUAAGAGUUCAAGGAACUUUUAAAUACUUCCUUAAGAACCCAUUUUAAAUUACUUCAGUGCAAUCCUACACAGUAUCAACAUUAGACUUUUCAUCUUAGUCUUAUGUUAUCUUCCAUUCAUUUUUAUCUGCUUUUUGCUGCUCAUUUCAAAUUGCCAGUAUUUUCCUUAUUGCUUUUUAAAUAGUUACAAUAUUUUUCAUGAUAGCCACAGUAUUGCCACCGUUUAUUAUAAUAAAGGGUUUUUAUUUGAUUUAGAGUAGUUAAAGCUUUUGUUCCCAUCACUUUUUUGUUUGGACUAUAAGCCUGUGUGUCUGUACGUUGUGUGUGGGGGGGGUAUAUAUGUGUGUUUACAGGCGCAUGCCUUCUUGACAUUGUGUUAAUGUUCUCGCAGUUUAUUAUGCCAUGAGAAUGGUAAAUGAGAACACUACAGUUGUAGUCAGCUCACAGUUUUUAAAUAAAGGAUCCCACAGUG